AAAGUAAUUUGGGAGUCUCCUAAUGGAGUACAGCCUCAACCCACAUCAUCACCAUAAAACUCCUCGUUAUUGUCAGCAACUUUCUUAAUUUGUUCUCUCACUUUUGUUCCUCAUCUUUUUGCUUCUUCCAAAUAAUAUACCGAAUAUUCAAUAAGAAAGCAAGAGUAAAACACACAAUGUCCAUACUAUAAAGCAAGGAAUGACUAAUUUGAAGAGGAAGACCUUUCUUCUUUCGCAGAAAUGCCAAACCAUUCCCCUAAGCUUUCUCCCAUCCCUUAAUCCUACGGUUUAUUCCUGUCUUGUCCGGUUUGCUCUGUUCUAUAAUGAUGCAUUUUUUCUUGCGUUUAUAUCAUAUUUGGUUAUGGAACCUCAUUAGUUCAAUUUGGGUUUCAUCAUUAAUGUUUUCUUUGUUGCAAAGAGCCCUCUUUUGGCUGUUGUCAUGAGCAUAUUUGAAGUUGGGAGUAUAUUGCCUGAGCUCAUUUAGCUUUUCUCCCAUCUGGGUUUAUCAUUUCUCAUUUAGCAUUUGCUGUUUUUCUUUCUUUCUAUUGCUGUUUGCGACAUGGGUUCUGUUCUGUUUCCUUUUUCCUAGUCUCUCUCUUAGUUUUCAUGGUGUAGCUUUGAACUUUUUAGUUUGGUGGACCACAUUGAUUUAAUGCAGCUCAUGGUAUUUCCAUUUGAAUGCAUAAUGCCCAUACUUCCGUCUUCCAAAAAGCAUGACGCUCUACGUUUGUUAUUAUUAUUUUUUUUUGGGCUCCUUGGUUUUAGUCAUUUAAUUACUCUGGUUUUUCAUUCAUUUCUUUAUGCAGCAUUGAUUCCUUGAGCUGAUUUUACAGAACUUUACUUGAGAAGGUGUUCUUGCGAGGAGGGCUUCCCUAAUAGUGUAUGCUUUUUUUCAUCCAGAAGUUUCUAAAAUUUUUCACAGAAAUUGGUCGUAUGGUAUAAAGGAUGGGGGACCAUUUUGUGUUGCUAGUAGAUCGGUUGCUAACUGAAUCCACUCUUGAAGCUGCUAUCCAGACUAAUAACCGGUUGCAGCAUCUGUCAUCCGUUGCUAAUGAAGAUAAUGUUGCUAAAUUUUCUCCCCUUAGGAUGGAUACUGACGUAGGUACGUCAUUACCAAAGAAAUUGGUGGAAUGCAGGAUUUGCCAUGAUGAAGAUGAAGAGUCAUGCAUGGAGGUCCCUUGUUCAUGCUCUGGCAGCUUGAAGUACGCUCACCGCAGAUGUGUACAAAAGUGGUGCAAUGAGAAGGGGGAUACCAUCUGUGAGAUUUGCAGGAAGAGUUUCAAGCCUGGUUACACAGCACCAUCUCCAUUGACUCAUUAUGCUGGAAUUGCGAGGAACUUCAGGAAUUAUCCCAAAAGUGGCUGGGAGAUUUCCAGGAGGGGCCUCCCUAAUACUGAAUUUAUAGCAAUGGUUUCCGCAGAUGGCAGUUUCCUUGAUCCUGACUUUGAUGAACAUCCAUCACCCAGUACAAGAAGUUUGAUGUGCUGCCGCAUAGUUGCCAUAAUUUUUAUAGUCCUCCUGGUGCUACGGCAUACAUUACCCAUCAUUAUUGGUGGUGCUGGGGAGUAUUCACUGACACUGUUCAUGUUAGUAAUCUUGAGAACUAUUGGGAUUCUGUUGCCGAUAUAUGUAAUGGUGAAAGCAUUUACUGCUGUCCAGCGUUGUCGACACCAACAGGCUUCUCGAAACUCCCCCCUUCCCACAUCAAAUGAGGAAAAUGGAUUACCAAUACACCAGCCACCCCGGCAUCUCACUCACAUGUGGUAAAUGCGGCUAUUGAUAAUUGGAGGGCAUUACCUCUUAGCAACAGUUGGACGGCACCAAACAUUGAAAGAAAGUCUUUCCUGUUAGAGGUGCUAUGUCCGUCCUGUGAUCUAGCAAUUUGUUGGCAUUGACAUGGUUUUAUGGAAAGCCAGUCUUGUUACUGGCUUAAUGCACAUUCCCUCCUCUUGUAAGGCGCUAGGACUGAACAUUGAAGAUUGCGAGGCAUAAGCUCAGAAUGUAGCUCAAAUUGUACAUAUUGUAGCACCAGCUCGAGUCUGAUUCAGAUAUUCCACCUUUCAAAUUCUCUCUGGAAACGCUUCAAAACAUUCUCGUGUCUAACAACAAUAUAGCAA